AUGAUGCGAUCGCGGGAUCCGCGCAUCCGGCAGCGGAUCAAUCAGAUCUCCCAUAACAUUGAAUCCGCCAACGAAUCCGCCCAGGAAGGUCUAUACGCCUUUUCACAGAACUACCUCUCUCCGUGUUUCAACUCCGUUGGAAAUUGCGUCUAUUCAUGCACUGCAUCAUGUAUGCCGAACCGGGAGGACCAGCUGCGACGCCGACGCCGGGGACAGACCGAGGCCAACUUUGAUUUCUACGAUGACUGGGAUAACGCCGAAGAGGAAGACAGUUUGCUGGGAUGGGGCACAGGUGAAUUGGACCGUCUUCUUGCAGGGAGUGGAUUAACCCGUGCUACAGCGGAGCAGCCACGCCGCCCUAGGAGAAUGAGUUAUGGGACACGUAACACAAGGCGGAGAAGUACUGUCCACAUCCCAGAUAAUCGAACAGAUCCUACUGUCAUCCCGAGUUCGUCCUUUAUUGGAUUCCUAGAACGGUUUCCCUGGCGAUUUGGCGCGAAGGGGGUAAAAUACCGUCCCUCGGCAGCCGACUUACAAGAACACCCAGGCAGCUCUCGGCGCUAUGCGCACGAAGAUGAGCCUCUUAUGGAGGAUGCGGAGGAGGAUGGGGGCCGGAUAUCUUACAAUUUAAAUGGGAGAAAUCGGAGUGGCACUGGGUCCUCUCGUGGGACCUCUAAUUCGCUCAGUUCCCGUGGAGAUCUGUUUCCAAGCGACGAGGAAGAGGAUGCAGUUCCGCUGGACGAUGAAUUUGCUCUUGCUUUCGGACGCCGUGGAACGGGAUUGGAAUCUGAUGAUCAAGGCUCAAAAUCGGAGAUGGUGAGAUCUGUCUCUGGGACGUCUAGUCUAGGAGAUGCAUCUUCCAAAAAGUCAAAGCGCAAGAAGAAAAAGAAGCGUUCAUCUACAAAGUCUCCGAUGGAGACAGAGCCGGAGAUUCUUCCAGAUAUCGAGGGUCCGUCAAUAGCGGACUUGAAAUUGGAAGAUGACCAAGCAGCACUUAAUGAAGAGUCAACGAUUAAGAGAAAACGGAUGGCCGCACAAGAAUUGGCUGCUAAGCGUGGUCUUGAGACAGAUAACAUUCACAUGCUCGCAUCAACUUCAGAUUCAAGGGAGCAGCCAUCUUCUACUGCAGGCCCCGUAUCAAGAAUAGAGCACCACCUCACAGAUCAUGAUCAACGGUCCAUCGGAUCAUCUAUUCGGCAAUCUCAGGGUGAUCAAACAGAACCAUUCCCACCAUUCCCGCUGCCGGAAUCCCCUGACGCAUCGUCAAAACCUAGCUCUAUCAACAUUCCAGGCAGCGGACUGGUUGAACUGACUGAUGAAGCCGGUCCCCAAGAUACUGACGACAGAUCCAACGAAGCUCGCUCUUAA